CCGCUAGGGCCCAGUGUUCGUCCGACAGCGUCGCAGGCCAGUCAGUGCCCCGAGCGCGCAGUCACGCCGACAAAGAUUUUAGAGAGAUCCCGCUCGAACUGAAACCGCUGCACAUCUAAAGAACAAUGGGCUUCGGCAGGGAGAUGGAUGGCUGUGGCCAAUGUAUGAAGUACAGCAUGUUUGUGGCUAACUUCAUAAUAUUUAUUGGUGGUCUGGUUGUUUUGGGAAUUGGAAUAUGGACACUAGUUGACAAAUCCUAUAUUAAUGAGCUUCUUGGAACUGAUUUGUUCAUGGGAGCUGUCUAUAUACUAAUAGUAACUGGUGCUAUUGUGUCCUUAAUAGCAUUUCUUGGCUGUCUCGGAGCGGUAAAGGAAGUCCGUUGCAUGUUGCUCAUGUACUUCAUUAUAGUGUUCCUGAUAUUCAUUACAAUGCUUAUUGGAGGAAUUCUAGGAUAUGUUUUCCGUGAAAAAGUUAAAACUACAAUGUACAAAGAAAUGGAAAGUUCAAUUAGGAGGUACCAUGAGAAUCCAGAAGUGCAAAGGGCAUGGGACAACACUCAAAUUAAUCUGAAAUGUUGCGGAAUCCAAGACCACAGCAGCUGGGGAGAUGAACUGCCAAACAGUUGCUGCAAAGUAAAGACAAGUACUUUCUGCAACCCAUGGGAAUCUGGCUGCCUUGAAAAAGCUGAAAAAUUUGUGCAAGAUCAUGCAACUGUGAUUGGUGGUGCUGGUAUAGGUGUAGCAUGCAUCAUGUUGCUGGGGAUGAUUUUCUCAUGUGCACUGUUUAUGAUGAUUGAAUAAAACCCCACUUCUAAAUCAGUGUUCAUGAUCGGAACACAAUGUGUGUUGUGUAAAGGGAGUUUAAUUAAAUCUGAGAACUUAACCAGAGAGUGUGUUCCUGUAAAUAUCUGUAGCUACGAAUGCUACAGAAAAGAAAAUGUGGAGGAUGUUUAACUUCAUGCCAGACAUGAAAUUUAUAGUGGAAUUGUCAUCUGUUAAGAAAAAGUGAUGGUUUUACAAGACAGUGAAGUGUCCUGUAAGCUUAAGACCAGUGAUUUUCAUCUUAAUAUAAACAACACGCACAAAUUUAAAUAUUGCUUUGUACAUAUUCAUAUAUUUGAAUUGUGGACUGCUGUAGUGUGUCAGUAUUAAUCUCUGUAUACAAAAUAUUGCUUUUCAUACUACUUUACACCAACAUUCCUUUAUGAAUCUGUGUUUAGAAAUAUUCUACAAGAAUUUAAUUUAUUGUUAAAAAUGUUAAUUAUACUGGCAGUAUGCUCUUGCCAGUUUGCAGUUACUUUAAUUCUCUUUAACUCUCUUGUCUGCACAUCAUCACACUCAUUUUCUAGAUAUUUAGAAUAAUUCUUGUGUAAAAUCACUAUUAUUUCAUUUUGCAAGAAGGUAACUAUUACCCACAUUCAUUAUGUGGGUAUAGGAAAGCACCAACCUUACUUACUCUUCAUUUUAUGUCAGUGGCAAAACAUAUUUAGUUAUUGGCACAUUGUCUAUAAGGAGCUAUUACCUUACCUCUUUCAUGUUAAAGUUGAAUUUUCACUUUAGAAAGUGAACAUUCUGUUUGUGAAGUGGAUUAUUUUGAUAGUGCUUCACUACUGCAAAAAUAGGAAGCAUGGGUGAUAGCACGGAUAGUAAAGCACAAUGUCACAUUUGAUUUCACAAUAACUGUGUGUGUGUGUGUGUGUGUGUGUGUGUGUGUGUGU